CUUCUAAGUAAAAUCACAUGAUCUGUAUUUUGUCAUAUGACAUUGAUGAGCCCGACAAACUCCCAGAAACAAGCAACUCACGGUGGACUUCACUAAAAGAAAGACAACUGUCAGGGAUGAAAUUCUAUAACACUUUUUUGUGACUUUGACGAUAAUAUCUGGAGUAUGGAAUGUUGGGGAGUUUUGACUGCGAUAGCUGCCGCUUGUCUGCUAGGUGUGGUGGUGAGCCAGACGACGGCGCCGAUGCUCGCUCUUUCUGUGAUGAACACCACAUUCAUUGAGAAUGUGACAGAAACAACCACAUUCAGUGAGACGCCUACAGUCAGUGAGACCCCUACAUUCAAUGAGAAAGUGACAGCAACCCCCCAUAUGAUCCUCAGCACCACGUCCCCAGACUGCUCUGGCCUCUGUGAGGCCUGUGUCCCAGGGUCCUACUCCGACAACGACACCCUCCUGUGUUCCUGCUGCCGUGAGCCAGGGUUGUGUCUGUUCACUGGGGCUUGCCUCCCAUGUUCCAAAGGGUUCUUUCAGAGUCUGGCUGGACAACAGCGAUGUCUGCCCUGCAGCCAGGGUUUUUACACCAAUUUCACCGGCAGCCCUGUGUGUCAGUCCUGCCCCGCAGGCUCCUACAGCAACAACACAGGCUCCAACUCCUGCCAAAGUUGUUCUCCAGGUUUCUAUACGUCUCAACAAAAUGCCACAUUGUGCAGUCCAUGUCAACGAGGAACAUUCUGCAACUCCUCCAGUUGUGCUCUGUGUCAGAUCUGUCCUGCUGGUACAGAGUCCCUGCAGGCUGCUGCCAAGGAGUGCACACCUUGUCGUCCAGGCCUGCACAAGGCUCCCCGUCAGAGUAUGUGUCAAAUCUGCAGCAGCGGCUUUUUCCAGAUCCACUGGGGCCAGGAGACCUGUAACCUCUGCCCCGAAAACCACUACUGCCCAAGUCCAGACGUGAACCCCAUCCUGUGCCCUGGCGUUGCCUUCUGUCCUGAGGGCAGCACUGCUCCAGGUUACUGCAUGGAGACCUUCUUCCGCAAGGCAGGGGAGGACUGCGAGCUGGCCCCUAUCACCAUUGCUCUACUUGUCAUUGGAGGAGGGGUGGCCCUACUCUUUGUCAUCCUACUGGUGUUGCGUCGAAUGCGAGACACAGAUGGAGAGCUUUCCCUCGCGCGACAAUUUCUGUUAACCAAAGAGAGGCCGCAAGGUGAAUACUACGGGAUCCCAUAUGAUGCCGAGCCAGUAUAUGCUGGUUGGUGAACAUGUCCCCAGCCUCAUCUGAUACUUCCUCUUAUUGGGGUGAAAUGUCUGGCUUUUAGAGCAGAAUCAAGUGAAGUCUAUGUGCCUCAGUUGUGGACUAAUGGACCAUAAGAGAAAGCAGACACCAAAUCCUAGCCAUGGUUUACCGAAUGUCCAUUUGAGUACUUUUGAUAACUCACCAGCUUCACUGCGAUUUAUAUCUUCUAGAUGUAUUUUUAACAAGGAGAAGUGUUUUUCAUCUGUAUUCUGUGCUUUAGUGAUGGUGGACCCAGUUACAUUUGUUCAAAAUAAGAAAAAAUGUCAUCAAUAAAAUGUUCCUUUGCAUUCCUUUAGAUGGAUUAGGUAAAUGGUUUAGAGGCACACACUGGGUGUUAUUGAUGUUUGUAAAUGCAUUCAGUCAUGGUACAUCGAUGGGUGUUUAACUUAUGCUUUGAAGAUUGUUUUAAGUAAAUGUUCCCCUCUGUCACAGAAAUAAUCUAUUUGCUGGUUAUACAUAUGAAUAAUUUUGCUGAUCUGGGGUACUAUGUGUUAUAUUUUCUGUUUGAAAGGCAUCACAUCUAUGUUCAUCAAUAGAAAAGUUUUUGACCUAUGCUAUUUAAAAGAAAAUGAUAUUUGUAUGUUUUAAAGAAAAACACUGACUCUGACUGGAAUAAAGCAUAGCCAUGCACUA